AUGACUAUCGAGGAGGCUCAAAACAUUAUGAAUCAAUUGCAGGAGCUCGAGUUUCCCCGGUCCAUGGCAAAGGCUCGGCAGAUCUCCCUCCUGAAGGCUGGUGCUAUCCCAACUAUGUCUAAGCUCUUCUUAGCGACAGGCCAGAACAGCAGGCGUAACGCUGGGAGACGCGCCGUCGACACAGAAAUCCUUCUUAGGGAGGCACAAUCAAAGUCUAAGGAUUCAGAUCGAUAUGCUGCCGCAGUUGCAAGAAUGAAUUAUCUACACGAUCGUUACCGCCGAGCAAACAAAAUCACAGACAAUGACUUACUCCAUACACUAGGCGACAGUCUCAUUUCCAUCUUUGAGGUCGUCGACAAGGACGAAUGGCGCAAGUUGACGGACGCCGAGAAGUGUGCCGCUGGAGUCUUUCACAAAGUCUUGGGUGACGACAUGAAAAUUCCGUAUGAUGUGCUGCCCUCGCAUAACGAAGGUUGGAGGGACGGCUUGCAUUUUGCCAACGAAUUGACCGAAUGGGUCGUUCAGUACGAAAAUGAGGUGGCCCGGCCCUCGGAAGCCACCAACCGCUAUGUGAGCGUCUACGUUGAUGCGGCCGUGUCUGCUCUGCCCGACUUCGUACGAAUCACUUUACGAAAGACAUUGGCUGCUGACAUGAACGAUGUCAUGGUGACAAGUCUUAAGUAUGUCGAAAGAUUCAAAGGCUUCUGGUUUCGAAAUAACUAA